UAUGCACGAGUGCGCCAGUACCUGCGCGUCGUACACGAUAAAACUUUUCAUGCGAGACUUUCGUUCGUCGAACAAAAGAUACUGUAGCCACGCGUAACGUUGCAAUUUUUCAAUAGCAAGGAAAUUUCCAGUAGCCAUGAAACGCUGGAAACAGAAAUGGCGGGAACAAUGUAUACCGUACUUUGCGUCUAUGAUCUUUAAAUCUCCGUGAAACUUUGCGAACGCAAUAUUUAAUAAAUUAAUAUAUAACAUUCGUGUAUGUCGACAAUUCGUAACCAGCAAAAUGAUAUUUACUCGUCUACCUACCUAGUUACGGUGCUCGCUGUCUUCGCACGGUACUUGAUCUAUAUUGCUCCCUUGUGCGGUGGCGUACACAUCCCUGGUGCAUUCACACAUGCACGCAGAGCGUAGCGCGACAGUGUCGGAACGUAUCUCUCGUGGCCGGAUAACAGCAAAACAGUUUUGCAGAAAAACAUGGCAUGGCAUUGCAGCGGAUCUACGAAUCAAGAGAUGGUGGCUAAGCUAAAAGAAGCAGGCAUCCUGGCAACGAGCAAAGCAGAAGCAGCCAUGUUAGCUAUAGAUAGAGGAAACUAUUGUCACGAACCGGAACCAUACCUAGAUCGACCGAGAAGAAUUGGAUUUAAUGUAACUAUUAGCGCUCCUCACAUGCAUGCCAAUGCAUUGUCCAUCCUGACCGAUCAAUUAUUUGAGGGAGCGAAAGCGCUGGAUGUAGGUUCUGGAUCUGGUUAUUUAACAGCGUGUAUGGCAUUUAUGGUAGGCGCGGGUGGUCGUGUGAUCGGCAUCGAUCACAUUCCUGAACUGAUCGAGUUCUCCAAGAAAAAUGUACAGAAGGAUUGCUCCCAUUUUCUCAAAGAAGGCCGUAUUAAAUUUGUUGUGGGAGACGGUAGAUUGGGACACGCUGCCGAUGGCCCCUACAACGCGAUUCACGUUGGAGCAGCAGCAGAAGUUUUACCGCAGCAGUUGGUAGACCAAUUAGCUGUCGGAGGACGUCUAAUUUGUCCGGUAGUUACCAUAGAAGGAUUCCAAAGGCUUCAGGAUUUCCUGCAAGUGGAUAAAAAUGCCGAUGGCACGAUCACAAAGAAAAAACUCAUGCACGUUUCUUAUGUACCUCUUACCGAUCCUGCCACUCAAUUACACAACGAUUAAUGUGCAAUCGUGAACUUUUAGAAAUCGUUUAGAAAAAUUGUUGCGUUUCAAGUUCAAGUCAUCGAUAGUGAUGCCGAUCGAUGAAAUUCAAUCGAAAUAAUUCCUUAUCCACAGCGGAUCGAAUGUUUCCAAAUUAGAAAUUUCUUACUGGAGUAAGCAUCAAUAAACUAUAUUUUCAUUAAAUCGAGUAAAUGAUUCAACUUUUCACAUUAAAUCUAUACAAAUCUUAUAGCUUGUAGCUUCGUAUCGAGAACGCCGC